AUCCUCUCUCCCUGCGCCAGAGGUUGCGCCUGGCUCAGGGAGCAGCAGAGGGGUUGGCAUACCUGCACGGGUUUGAGACACCCAUCGUUCACCGUGACAUCAAGCCGGCCAACAUCCUCGUGACUGCCGACAUGCAAGCCAAGGUGGCUGACUUUGGGCUGCUCAAGCGCCUCACUCACGGCGAUUCUGAUGCCACUCGGGUGGCCGGUACUCCUGGCUAUGUGGAUCCGGAUUACGUCCGCACCCGCAUCAUCACUGUCAAGAGUGACGUGUUUAGCUUUGGAAUUGUGCUUCUUCAGCUGCUGAGUGGAAAGUCACCCCAAGUCGACACAAAAACGCACAUAAGAAAAUGGGCUAUUAAGCUGGUGGAGGCAUAUGAGGUGGAGGAGCUGAGGGACAGCAAGAUGCCGGCAGCAAGUGAGGAGGCCAUAGUGGACUUUGCAGACCUGGCUUUGGACUGCAUCAAGUCUCCCGGCACACGGCGACCCACCAUGAAGGAUGUGGCAUACCGCCUCAGUGCCCUCAUUGACAAGCACUGUCCCGACAAGGAGGACGAGUGGGAGAGCGUGGCAGAAGGAGAGAGUUCAACCACCAAAGAAACGUCUUCAAGGAAUGUUUCUGCUUUGUUGUUUGGAGCCAGUGGGAGGGAGUCCGAAAGGACUCAUGGCUCCCAUUCUGAUCCUUGCAUUGACACCCUGCACGCAGUGAAGCUGGUGGAGGCGUAUGACGUGGAGGAGCUGAGGGGCAGCGAGAUGCCGGCAGUAGAUGAGGAGGCCAUAGUGGACUUUGCAGACCUGGCUUUGGAAUGCAUCAAGUCUUCUGGCACACGGCGACCCACCAUGAAGGAUGUGGCAUACCGCCUCAGCGCCCUCAUUGACAAGCACUGCCCCGACAAGGAGGACGAGCGGGAGAGUGUCCUAGAAGAGAGUGAAGGCAACGAGGGUUCGUCUUCAAGGGAUGUUUCUGCUGUUUCGUUUGGAGACGGUGGUUCCCCGGCGCCCACUGUAACGCGGUACACCUGGUUACCACCAGCCGCUCUAGUUCAGCCAGGGCAGUCAGGGACGUGGGGAGGGCUCUGGGACGCGCAGCCUACGAGAAUGAGCGCGCGGAGGCGGGGGGAGGUGCGAGGGUGGAUGGGGAGUAGUUGGGAGCGUGGUGGUGGUGGUGGUGGUGGUGGUGGUGGUGGUGGUGGUGGUGGUGGUGGUGGUGGUGGUGGUGGUGGUGGUGGUGGUGGUGGUGGUGGUGGUGGUGGUGGUGGUGGUGGUGGUGGUGGUGGUGGUGGUGGUGGUGCUGCUGCUGCUGCUGCUGCUGCUGCUGCUGCUGCUGCUGCUGCUGCUGCUGCUGCUGCUGCUGCUGCAACUGGGAAAGCAAGAGCAGGGAGCAGCAGCGGCUGCAGGCAGCUGGAGAGGGAGAGGAGGAGGGAGGAGGAGGAGGAGAAAGAGUUGUUGGCAGUGGCUGGGGAGACGGGAGUGAGGGAGGUGAGAGUGAGGGAGGGCAAGUGGGAGGAGGAGGGUGCUUGGAUGGUGAAGAUGCUCGGAAGAGGGGAGUCAAGGAGGCUGGAGGAGCUCUGUGAGAAAACAAUUGGAUUGGGAGUGGGGAUGGGGUUCGAUGGGGUGGAUAUGUGUUUGGAGCUGGAAAGAGGGGUGGUGAGCAUUGGGCCUAGUGAGGCAGGAGAGGGGGAUGAGGGCACAACAGCAGGCAGUGACGCCAGAAGUGAGGGAGGGCGGCAGGAGAAGCGAGGGGAGCAGCGGAGGGGAUGCACGCAGUGGGCGGCUCUGCUGCUGUGUGCUCUGCUUCUGUGUGCCUGCUGCUGUGUGCUCUGCUUCUGUGUGCCUGCUGCUGUGUGCUCUGCUGAUGUGUGCUCUGCUGUUGUGUGCUCUGCUGCUGUGUGCCCUGCUGCUGCUGUCUUUCAUCCCGUCCCUGCCCUGCUCCCACUCUUCCCCUUCCCUUGUGCUGCUGCUUCGUCUGUUCACAGAGGGCACAACGCAGAGAUUCUGGUGCUGGACAACUGA